AUGAAGAAACUUUUUGCCAGUGGGCGCGACAAACUUCGAGCAGCAACGAGGCAGCAAAAGGUGAUCCCGCACAGAGAUGUUUCGGAUUUUGUCAUCGACGAUGAUGCACCACUUAUUCAUGAAUGCCCCGGUGUGAGGCUUGCCUCCACCGGUCCGCCGUUCCCGCCGCGCGUUUUAGACAUGCAAUCUAACGAAGGAAAGGUGACUUUAAGAAGAUCGCGCAGUCCGUAUCCUCAGUUUGCAGUGCCUCCGAUAUCACCGAGCCGCUCGUCUUCCCUAGCUUCGAUUCCACCUGUAAUAUUACCACCACGUUCCAGCAGCCCAUACAGCGUUACAAGUCACACCACCACUCCAGCUACGCCCACACCCACCUCCCAGACUAACCCAAACCCAACCCAUGAGGAUACACUACUUGUGCGUCCCAAACAACCUUCAGGGGACCACUGUGACUGGGAGGUGCUAUCUGAGCCCCCUGUCCCUUCUAGUCCGUAUCCUCAGUUUGCAGUGCCUUCGAUGUCAUCGAGCCGCUCGUCUUCCCUAGCUUCGAUUCCACCUGUAAUAUUACCACCACGUUCCAGCAGUCCAUACAGCGUUACAAGUCACACCACCACACCACCUACGCCCACGCCCACCUCGCAGAAUAACCCAAACCCAACCCAUACCGUGCGGAGAGACGGACGCAAGAUCCAGAAGACGCAGCCGAUACCCGCUGCAAUUGGUGUACUGAAGUCCCUUGAUCUACAUCUGGAGCGUGCCCUGCAACAGCCACACCGGCACCAUGUCCACGAAGUACCAGAUGAUUCCUUUUCAGUUGAACACAGGGACAGGGCAGAGAAGAAGGAGAGGAAGAGUUUCUGGGAUGGGAUUAUCUGGGACAGGGACAAGGACAAGGAGCGCGGACGUGAUGAAGAGCGUGAAACUCGUGAGAAGGAAAAGGGAAGAGAAAAGGACGAGGAAGGACGAGAUCGCAUUUGGCGCAAGGAAUAUAAUCCCUCAGAGCUGACGCGCAUGAUCGGGUACCUUACGGCGACCUCAUCGGAGGACUGGACGCUCGUGCUCGAGGUCUGCGAGCGCGCAUCAGCUACUGAAGCGAAUGCCAAGGAGGCUGUGAAAGCCCUUCGGAGGGAAUUCAAAUAUGCAGAGCCUAAAUCUCAAUUAUCUGCUGCUAGGCUAUGGGCAAUAAUGAGAACAAACCUUGUCGUUAGAAAACAACUAAUGGAGGUGCUCGCAGCUGCCGCCUUCAUCACUAGUUCACGUCCCAACCUCUCGCCUUUCUCGCCUAAAAAUCGCGACUGUGAUAGGGAUGGUUUCCGUGCCCUAUGGAUGCGAUUGAAGCCCCCUGAUAAGCCUGAUGUGGGCAUUCCAUUCGACACCGAUGUUAUGUUUAUCCCCCCUAUAGUUCGUCCACCGAUAGAGGAGCGGCUGUCGAGGAAGAGUCACCAGCUCGGUGUCAUUCCUCCCGAAGAGGACAUGAAGCGCUUAUUCCAGGAAUGCAAGAUCGCGAAAGGAUAUGCGACUUUCUUUAGCGAGAUGCUUGCAUACGCGACGCCAGAACAGAUAGAAGGGAGGCUGAUACAUGAAUUUUUGAUGAAGUGCCGCGAGUCACAAGAACUCAUAUAUACCCAAAUUCCAUGGGCGUCUGCAGGCGCUGAACGGCCGCGCAAUAAGCGAGAAAGGAAUGCAGAAGGAAAUAGACCUACGAAAUCGCAGCCCGACAUCCAAUUCAGUUCUCUGCCAAGUCGAGAUUACCAUGGUAUGGAUACUAAUGGAGAUGCAGAGGAACAGACUUUGGAGGAGCAGCUUCUUGACGCGUUACUUGAUGCGGAUGAGGUGGUGUCUGAGGCGUUGAGAAUGUAUGAUAUUGUUAUGCGGGUUGUGGAGGAGCGUAAGGCUGUUGAGAUUAGUAGCAGGGACGUGAAGAUGGAUCGAAGACACAUUGAAAUGGAGUAUCUUGGACAAUUUCACCGUCAUUAUGGAGAAGGCUUCUCUCGCGUGCCAUCACCGAUAUCACCACCCACCUCAUGCACGCCAUCACCACAUGCAUCACACAUGCCAUCACCGCCUACCUCACUCCGCCAACUCGAUCUUCUUCCCGUUGUUCCCUCACAAACCCAUGUCUUUCGGUUCUUCCCUGCCCACUCGCACUACGGCCCACCAUCACCUCACAACAACAAGACUCAAGUAACUUGCACUUUACCCUCGACACAGCAGGUAUUGCGUCCAGCCUCGCCGUAG